AUGUCUCAAUCCGAAGUACCCAAAGAUCUGCCCGAGAUGGAGUACCGCUUCAUGGGCAAGAGCGGACUGCAAAUCUCUGCCAUUUCCCUCGGUGGUUGGCUCACAUACGGCGGUCAUGUCGGCGAUGACAACACUUUCGCUUGUCUCAAAGCAGCAUUUGAUGCUGGUAUCAACUUCUUCGAUUGCGCUGAAGGAUACGCAAAGGGCGAGUCUGAGAAGGUCAUGGGUCGGGCGAUCAAACACUUCAAUUGGAACAGGAACGAUAUUGUCGUCUCCACCAAGAUCUACUGGGGUACUCACAACUCCGCCCUCCCCUCGCCACGCAACAAGAUCAACAACCUUGGGUUAUCACGAAAGCAUCUCAUCGAAGCAACUGAAGCCUCGCUCGAACGACUACAGCUAAGCUACGUUGAUAUUCUGUACGCACAUCGCCCAGAUCGCUAUACACCCAUCGAAGAGACAGUACGCGCCUUCAACUACCUCAUCAACACAGGCAAAACCUUCUAUUGGGGCACAUCUGAGUGGCUCGCCUCCGAGAUCGAAGAGGCAUGGGCCGUCGCCGACCGUUUCGGGCUCAUCGGUCCCAUUGUCGAACAGCCUGGCUACUCACUGCUCCGCCCUCAGAAGGUAGACCAAGAGUUCAAAGACGCAGGCCUCUACACCCGCCGCGGUCUCGGUCUCACCAUCUUCUCACCGCUUCAAGGCGGUCUCCUCACAGGAAAAUACGUCGACGGUGUCCCAGAAGAUUCGCGUCUCCGCGUAUCAGACGAUCCAUACAUUCAGUCCGUCAUGAAAGGCGUUGGCAGCGAUGCGUGGAACGAGCAACAAGGCAAGAUCAAGAAGCUCAUGGAGGUUGCGAAGAAGCUUGAUACUGACGUUGCGACACUGUCCAUGGCGUGGGUCCUGUCAAACAAGAACGUGUCGAGUGCUAUCACGGGUGCGUCGCGGCCGGAGCAGAUUUAUCAGACUGUCAAGGCGGUUGAUGUUUAUCGCAAGCUGACCAAGGAGAAUUUGGAGGAGAUUGAACAGGUUAUGGGGAGUAAACCUGAGGCUCUUACUAUGAGAUUUGGAUGA